CUUGCGCGCCGCUCCGUUGCGCUGGGCGUGAGCCGCGUUGAGACCCAUAGACUCCAGGCCCGGCGUGCGCGCGCUAUGUGACCCGGAAGGGAGCUGCUGAGGAGGCGGGACUGGGGCAGCGGUCCUGGCGAAGGCCUGACCAGGCAGUGGGAGGAAGUCAGGAUGGUAGGGGAGCGACAUGUUGGAGACCUCAUGGUCCCCUUGGGACCCCAGCUGCAGGCAUACCCUAAGGAACUCAUUCGCCAGCGACGUGGGCAUGAUGGGUGUCCUGAAUAUCUGAUCCGGUGGAGUAUCGUGAAGUAUGGGGAAGUGGACAAAGUGGGUGUGGAGGAAGGCAAAACAGAACACAUCCUGAUGUGGCUGUCAGCCCCAGAGGUCUAUGCUAACUGUCCCAUGCUGUUAGGUGAGUGGGCACUGUCCAAGGGACCUCAGCAUGAACCAGCUGAGGGUUCAGGGAGCUUUCUCCGUGACCCAGGAGGCCUGGAUGAAGUAGCAAUGGGAGAAAUGGAGGCUGAUGUGCGGGCGCUGGUACACAGGGCUGCCAGGCAGCUGGCAGAAGGUGGGACCUCAAGCCUCACAGCUGCUGUGCUCCACACCAUCCAUGUGCUCAGUGCCUAUGCCAGCAUCGGACCUCUCACCGGGGUCUUCAGGGAGACAAAAGUUCUGGACCUACUUAUGCACAUGCUGUGCAAUCCUGAGCCUCAAAUCCGACGGAGUGCGGGCAAGAUGCUACAGGCCCUGGCAGCCCACGAUGCUGGGAGUCGGGCUCACGUCCUUCUGUCACUGAGCCAGCAAGAUGACAUCGAGCAGCACAUGGAUUUUGAUAGCCGCUAUACUUUGCUGGAGCUGUUUGCAGAAACCACAUCCUCUGAAGAACACUGCAUGGCCUUUGAGGGCAUUCAUCUGCCUCAGAUCCCAGGAAAGCUGCUCUUCUCACUGGUGAAGCGCUACCUGUGUGUCACUUCCCUGCUGGAUCAGCUGAAUAACAGUGCAGAAGCAGGCACUGGAGACCAGAGCUCUCGGUGCUACACAAGGGAGAAAAGCCGGGGACAGAGGGAGCUGGAGUUCAGUAUGGCUGUGGGCAACCUCAUCUCAGAGCUGUUGCGGAGCAUGGGCUGGGCCCACAAGCUCAGUGAACAGAGCUCAUCAUCACCCUGUCCACCUCGGUCCAUCUUUCAGCCCUGCAUUUCAGGGCCCUCCCUCCUCCCCACCAUCAACACCCCCAGAACACAAGGGCGGGGCUUCCGCCAGCGCUCAGAAUUCUCUAGCCGCAGUGGCUAUGGUGAGUAUGUGCAGCAGAUGCUGCAGCCAGGCAUGCGAGUUCGGAUGCUGGAUGACUACGAGGAGAUCACUGCUGGGGACAAGGGGGAGUUCCGGCAGAGCAACAAUGGUGUCCCCCCUGUGCAGGUCUUCUGGCAGUCAACGGGCCGCACCUACUGGGUGUAUUGGUACAUGCUGGAGAUCCUGGGCUCUGAGGAUCCUACUGGGGAUGCUGCUUCAGCAACUAUGGAAAAGGGGGCUGGGACUACUGUACUGGGCACAGCGCUUCCCUCCUGGGACUGGAAACCUGUGGACAGCCUCUACUGUUUGCCGUAUCUCCAGCCUGAGCCGCAGAAACAUGAAGAGGUGGGGUACCUGUCCCGGGCUGAGUGGUGGGAGCUGCUUUUCUUCAUCAAGAAGUUGGACAUAAGUGAGCAGCAGCCAGUUUUCCAGAACCUUCGGGAGAAACUAAAUGAGACCCUGGGUGAAGAGACCCUGGGGGAGCUCUCCAUGCCAGUGGAGAUGGCUGAGGGCCUGCUGCAGAUCCUCCGUAGUCGGCUGGAGGGCAGCACCCUCUGUGAUCUGCUCAACUCCCAGAUCUACACCAAAUAUGGACUGCUCUCUGAUGAACCCAGUACCUCAUCUUCUUCACGAAGUCACAGCUGUACCCCAGAUCCACAAGAGGAGUCCAAGUCAGAAGCCAGCUUUUCAGAGGAAGAGCCUGAGUGCCCUGGAGCAAAGACCAAGCCCUCGGAGGCAGAGGCAGAGCCAGCCAAGGCCAGGACUGAACUCCCCAUGGCACAGAGUGAUUUGGAGCUGUUUAACAAGCUCCUGGCGGCCGAGGGGAUGGCUAUACCCCCCAAAAUGAAGGAGGCAGCCAGUGAAAUGGCUAGAACCUUGCAGGCUCCUGGUCCACUCAGCUCCCUGGAUCAGCAUGUGGUAGCAGUCACAGCCACUAUGCAGAUAUCCAGCUCGGACACAGACCUGCAGCUUUCGGGGCUCUAUGCCCUUUGUCAGACUGUGGAGGAGGUCACUGAGCGGAACCACCCCCUGGUCCAUCCCAACAGAUUGCUGAGGGAGAAGCUGGUGAAGACGCUGGUAGAUUUGCUGACCAACCAGGUGGGAAAGAAGAUGGUGGUGGCACUGGCCCUGCGCCUCCUCUACCUGCUCUUGAACAAGCAUGAGUGGCGUCCACUCUUUGCUAGGGAGGGCGGCAUCUAUGCUGUGCUGGUCUGCAUGCAAGAAUAUAAGACUUCCAUCUUGGUCCAGCAGGCAGGGCUGGCGGCACUGAAAAUGCUGGCCAUUGCUAGCUCCUUGGAGAUUCCCACUUCUGUUUCUGACCGAGAUUCCAGCCAGCCUUUGUUUGAUGUACAAAUGACCAGAGAGAUCUUCGCCAGCAUUGACUCAGCAACGCAUUUGGGCUCCGAGAGCUUGCUUCUUACUCUCCCUGCAGCCGUGGUCCUAAUGCUGAACACUGAGGGGUGUUCCUCAGCAGUGAGAAAUGGCUUGCUCCUGCUCAACCUGCUUUUGGGCAACCAUCACACUCUGGGAGACCAGAUUAUAACCCAAGAGCUGAGAGACACCUUGUUCAGACACGCAGGGAUAGCACCGGGGACAGAACCCAUGCCCACCACCCGCACCAUUAUCAUGAUGCUUCUCAGCCGCUACUCGGAGCCACCGGGCACUCCUGAGGGUCAAGCACUGGAGUUCCCCUGUGGCCAGGGCCAAGGUGGGUCCCCUGAGCUGGCGAUUCGGUCCCUGGUUGGGGGUCCAUCUGCAGAGCUGCUCCUGGACCUAGAGCGUGUGCUGUAUCACGAGGGUGGUCCGGGGAGUGCCGUGAGGCCCCUUCUUAAGUGCCUGCAGCAGGAGACCCAGCCCUUCCUGCUGUUGCUGCGGACUCUGGAUGCCCCCUUGCCCAACAGAACUGUGCUGCUGACUGUGCUGAGAGUCCUGACCCGACUGCUGGAUUACCCCGAGGCCAUGGUCCUCCCCUGGCAUGAGGUAUUGGAGCCCUGUCUGAACUGCCUGAGUUGCCCUGGCAGCGACUUGGAGAUUGUUCAGGAGCUGACUUGCUUCCUGCAUCGCUUGGCUUUGCUGCAUAAGGACUACGCGGUGCUGCUCUGCUGCCUGGGUGCCAAGGAGGCCCUCUCCAAAGUCCUGGACAAGCACUCGGCUCAGCUGCUGCUGGCCUCUGAGCUUCGUGACCUGGUGACAGACUGUGAGAAGUACGCCCAGCUCUACAGCAAACUCACCUCCAGCAUCCUGGCUGGCUGCAUUCAGUUGGUGCUGGGCCAAAUUGAAGACCACAGACGAACUCAUCGGCCCAUCAACAUCCCUUUCUUUGAUGUGUUCCUCAGGCAUCUCUGCCAGGGCUCCAGUGUGGAUGUGAAGGAGGACAAGUGCUGGGAGAAGGUGGAGGUGUCCUCCAACCCGCACCGGGCCAGCAAGCUGACGGACUGCAACCCCAAGACCUACUGGGAGUCCAAUGGCAGCACUGGCUCCCACCACAUCACCUUGCACAUGCACCGGGGUGUUCUUGUUAGGCAGCUGACUCUGCUGGUAGCCAGUGAGGACUCAAGUUACAUGCCAGCCAGGGUGGUGGUAUUUGGGGGUGACAGCCCCAGCAGCAUCAGCACCGAGCUCAACACGGUGAAUGUGAUGCCCUCUGCCAGCCGAGUCACUCUCCUGGAGAACCUGACCCGUUUCUGGCCCAUCAUCCAGAUCCGAAUAAGGCGCUGCCAGCAGGGUGGCAUCGACACCCGGGUUCGGGGUGUGGAGGUCCUAGGCCCCAAGCCCACUUUCUGGCCACUGUUCCGGGAGCAGCUGUGUCGCCGUACCUAUCUCUUCUACACAAUUCGGGCGCAAGCCUGGAGUCGGGAUAUAGCAGAGGACCACAGGCGCCUCCUCCAGCUCUGUCCCAGACUGAACAAGGUUUUGCGCCAUGAGCAGAAUUUUGCUGAUCGAUUCCUGCCUGACGAGGAGGCUGCCCAGGCUCUGGGCAGGACCUGCUGGGAGGCCCUGGUCAGCCCCCUCGUGCAGAACAUCACCUCGCCUGAUGCCGAAGGUGUGAGCUCCCUGGGAUGGCUGCUGGAUCAGUACCUGGAGCGCAGAGAGAGUCCUCAAGCCCCGUUGAGUCGAGCAACAUCCUUCACUUCUCGAGUUCGGCACCUUUGCCACUUGCUGGUGCACGUGGAGUCUCCUCUGGGACCUUCUGAGCCAUCAGCUCGGCCCUCCCUUGCUCUGCGCUGUAUCUCCACAGUCAGCAAAAACAAUAAGGGGCAUGAUCCGAGCCCUGUGCCUGUGCCAGUCCCUUCGAGCAGCAGCCUGAGGAACAUCACCCAGUGCUGGCAGAACGUGGUACAGGCACAGGUCAGUAGGUUCCUGGCUGCAGCCUGGAGGGCUCCUGACUUCGUGCCUCGGUAUUGCAAACUCUACGCGCACUUGCAGAGAGCAGGCACCGAGCUGUUCGGGCCAAGGGUGGCCUUUACGCUGGCUCUGCGCAACGGCUUUUCUGGUGCCCUGCUGCAGCAGUCCUUCCUCACUGCUGCCCAUGUGAGUGAGCAGUUUGCCAGGCACAUCGACCAGCAGAUCCAGGGCGGCCUGCUGGGAGGAGCCACAGGCAUGGAGAUGCUUCGGUGUCUUCAGCAGCACCUAGAGCCCCUGAUGGUCCUUUCAGGCCUGGAGUUGGCCACAACUUUUGAGCACUUUUAUCAGCACUACAUGGCUGACCGUCUCCUGAGCUUGGGCUCCAGCUGGCUGGAGGGGGCUGUGCUGGAGCAGAUUGGCCUCUGCUUCCCCAACCGCCUCCCGCAGCUGAUGUUACAGAGCCUGCGCACUUCGGAGGAGCUGCAGCGCCAGUUCCACCUCUCCCAGCUCCUGAAGCUUGACUGGUUGCUCUUGGAGCAAGGGGAAGAGGAGAAGCAAGACCUGGAGGAACAGGAGGAGGAAGAUGAGGAAGAGGAGGCCAAGAAAGCACUGAUUAUGGAAAUUCCAUGCCCUGCGGUUUCCAUCCUGGUCCUGUCCCCACGCUGCUGGCCCGUCUCCUCGCUCUGCUACCUGCACCAGCCCAGAAAAUGCCUUCCCCCAGAACUCUGUGAUGCCUUGGACUGCUUCUCUGGGUUCUACAGCCAGAGUCAGAACAACCCAGUCCUAGAUGUGGGCCCGCGUCGGUGGCUGCAGUGGACAUGGCUGGGCCGUGCUGAGCUGCAAUUUGGGGACCAGACCCUGCAUGUGUCCACCGUGCAGAUGUGGCUGCUGCUGAAUUUCAAUCAGAUAGAGGAGGUAUCAGUAGAGACCUUGCUGAAGAGUUCCGGCCUCUCCCCAGAGCUACUGCACCAGGCACUUGGGCCUCUCAUCUCUGAGAGUGGCCUUUUGUCCCUGAAAGAGAGUCAAGACUUGCCACCUGGGGGUGUGCUGCGGCUUCGUGAUCCUGGGUGCUGGCCCAGCAGGGAAGUGCUAUGGCUGAUACCUCCCCAGUCGUACCUGAGUGUGGAGAAGGAUGAGGGCCGCACACUAGAACAGAAGCGGAAUCUCCUGAGCUGUCUUCUUGUCCGCAUUCUCAAAGCCCAUGGAGCAAAGGGCCUGCACAUAGAUCAUCUGGUUUGUCUGGUGUUGGAGGCCUGGCAGAGGGGUCCCCGUCCUCCAGGAAGUCUGGGCCUUGCUGUCGCUGGGAGUACAGACGUCCUGUCUUGCAUCCUGCACCUCCUGGGCCAGGGCUAUGUGAAGCGGCAGGAUAACCAACCCCAGAUACUGGUGUAUGCCACCCCUGAGCCCGUGGUGCCCUGCCAGGGUCAGGCAGAUGUCCCCUUCUGUGGCAGUCAGAGCACUGGGACUUCCAGACCUAGCCCAGUGGCCGUGGCUGCCCUGGCAUCUCUCCAGCUGCCCGCAGGCCGCACCAUGAGCCCACAGGAGGUGGAAGGGCUGAUGAAGCAGACAGUGCGGCAGGUGCAGGAGACCCUGAACUUAGAACUGGACGUGGCUCAGCAUCUUUUGGCUCAUUGCCACUGGGGUGCCGAGCAGCUGCUGCAGAGCUACAGUGAUGACCCUGAGCCACUGCUGCUGGCGGCCGGGCUGCGAGUGCCUGAGGCCCAGGUGGCCCCCACACCUCCGGACCUCUGCCCUGUCUGUGUUGGUCCCCUGGGGCCUGGUGACAACCUGCCCUCCCUCUGCUGCCUGCACUCCUGUUGCAAGUCUUGCUGGAAUGAGUAUUUGACAACCCGAAUCGAGCAGAACCUUGUGCUGAACUGCACCUGCCCCAUUGCCGACUGCCCUGCCCAGCCCACCGGCGCCUUCAUCCGUGCUGUGGUCUCCUCGCCAGAGGUCAUCUCCAAGUACGAGAAAGCCCUCCUGCGCGGCUAUGUGGAGAGCUGCUCCAACCUGACCUGGUGCACAAACCCCCAGGGCUGCGACCGCAUUCUGUGCCGCCAGGGCCUGAGCUGUGGCACUGCCUGCUCCAAGUGUGGCUGGGCCUCCUGCUUCAACUGUAGUUUCCCAGAGGCACACUACCCCGCCAGCUGUGGUCACAUGUCUCAGUGGGUGGAUGAUGGUGGCUACUACGACGGCAUGAGUGUGGAGGCGCAGAGCAAGCACCUGGCGAAGCUCAUCUCCAAACGCUGCCCCAGCUGCCAGGCUCCCAUAGAAAAGAACGAGGGGUGCUUACAGUGCCCUCCGACCAGCUGCCUCCACAGCAUGACCUGUGCCAAGUGUAACCAUGGCUUCUGCUGGCGGUGCCUCAAGUCCUGGAAGCCCAGUCACAAAGACUACUACAACUGCUCUGCCAUGGUGAGCAGGGCUGCUCGCCAGGAGAAGCGCUUCCAGGACUACAAUGCGAGGUGCACCUUCCAUCACCAGGCGCGGGAGUUCGCCGUGAACUUGAGAAAGCGGAUCUCCACCAUCCAUGAGGUGCCCCCGCCCGAAUCCUUCGCCUUCCUCAGUGAUGCGUGCCAGGGCCUGGAGCAGGCGCGAAAGGUGCUGGCCUAUGCCUGCGUGUACAGCUUCUACAGCCAGGACACCGAGUACAUGGACGUGGUAGAGCAGCAGACUGAGAGCCUGGAGCUGCACACCAACGCCCUGCAGAUCCUCCUUGAGGACACGCUGCUGCGCUGUGGGGACCUGGCCUGUGCUCUGCGCCUCCUGCGGGCUGACUGCCUGAGCACAGGCUUGGAGUUGUUGCGGCGCAUCCAGGAGCGGCUGCUGGCCAUCCUGCAGCAUUCCACCCAGGACUUCCGGGUUGGUCUCCAGAGUCCCUUGGUAGUGACUGAGGAGGUGAAAGGACCCAACCUGCCCAGCCAUCAGCCCCAGGGCUCUGCAGUGCAGGAGGCAGAGGAGGAGGACGAAGAGGAGGACUACAUGCCCGAGUGGCACCAAGACGAGUUUGACGAAGAGCUGGACAACGACAGCUUCUCCUAUGAUGAGUCUGAGAACCUGGACCAGGAGACUUUCUUCUUUGGUGAUGAAGAGGAUGAGGAUGAGGCCUCUGACUGAGGGCAGACUCGGGGGACACCUGGAACCCCCAGAGCACAGGACUGAGGGGUGGGGGUGGGGCGGGCAGCACUGCUGCUCCUUUAAGGAAUAAACUGCUUUUUCCCUGUACUUCUGUGGAGCAGCUGGACAGCUCCGCAGCCCCUCCCAGA